GUUGGGGCUCCACAGGGUUUAAACGCGACUGCAUUUCCGUAGACUACAUCGUAUUAGGCUGCACUGCGCUUGUGUUCACCGGCUACAUCACUCUUUCUUCAUUCUUGGUCCCCAUCCAUUCUCAUUCACUUUCAUCAUUCCUGUCGCCUCCAUUCCAGUCAUGUCUGCCAAGCACGUCCUCAAAAUCGGUUCGCGAUCGAUUCCAUUGGUCGCCACCUCGGACAAAAUCAAUCUCCAGCACGUCUCCGACUUCAAACCCCUCCAGGACUGGGCCAAGAGCCUUGGAAAGGAGGAAGCCGCGCUCGAAGCCCAGUCAUCUUCUCAAGGUCAGACAGAAGGAUCCGCUAAAUCCACGAACAAGCAGGCAGCGAUCCCUGUCAAGGUCCACAAGGUUGAAGUCAACAAUGUCGACUACUUUGGGAAAAAAGUUGGGUUUGCCAACAUUGCAGUCGAUGCGGAGUUGACAGAGUCGGGCGCAAAACCGCCUGGACUUGUCUUCAUGCGCGGUGGGGCUGUAGCUGUCCUCUUAGUUCUCAGAUCCAAGCAACCGUCGGGUGCCGUCUCGGAACAUGUGGUUCUUACAAAGCAAGCAAGACUCGCUGUCCCGUCCUUUCACUUCCCAGAGAUUCCUGCAGGAAUGAUUGAUGAUAGCGGCGACUUUGUGGGAAAGUGCGCAGAAGAACUCAAAGAAGAGUGUGGCAUCACGCUUGAACACGACAAGCUGAUCGACAUGACUCAGCUCGCGUAUGGGUCAAACUGGAGGGGCGUGUACCCUUCUGCAGGAGGAUGCGAUGAGUUCCUCAGGCUGUUUUUCAGUCGUAGAGACAUGGAAUGGAACGAACUGCAGGCAAUCGAGGGUCGACUUGGAGGACUACGCGAUCAUGGCGAAAAUAUCACUGUGUCCCUCGUUGAUCUCAAGGAUGCGUACAAGGUCGCACCAGAUGCUAAACUGCUUAGUGCCUUGGCACUCUUCCACGCGCUCAAGACCGAGGGCAAGAUUGAGUAGCUUACCAGCGACAGCUCGAAUCCUUCACUCAGGUGUCUGUACAUAGGACCUCAUCAUGCCACUUG